CUCCGCUUGUGGUACUAUUUGUGCUCCGGUUCCCGCUUGCCAUCUCCUCCGGUACAUCCGACACAAGCACGAACAGAAAUUCCUCAGUUUAGUCAUUUGGAGCGCGACCUUCUUCGGCGUUACGCGGCCUACCUGUAUUAUCGCAGUCGUGGGUGGGUUGUUCGUCCUGGUUUGGCUUUGGGUGGAGUUCAUUUCCUUCUCUAUGCACAAGGUCCUGCUUGGCGCCACGCUGCAUUUGGCGUGGUUGUAGAUCGUGCUGAAAUGGAUGGUCAGCAGCUGACGUGUGCUGCUUUGGCUGUCCACGUUCGGGUUGUACAUUCAGUGGGAAAG